GGGGAAGUUGGUGCACAAGUAUAUCAAGUCAAAAUAGAGGAUCUAAAUGAUGAUCGAGUGGAUAAAGAUUGUCAAGAGUAUUAUUGGCCUACACUAGAUGACAACAAUAGUAAUCCAGAAGAUAAUAUCAGUAUAAUCACUAAGUCAUCAAAAAUAAUUUCAGAAUUUCAGCCCCACUAUUCUGAUAAGAUUUCUGUUCAAAUACAAGAUUUAGAAUAUCAAUAUAUUGAGAGAUUUGAUGAAUAUUUUAUGGUAGUUAAAUCUAUUGCACACCCUUAUAAUACAACAGCUAAAUGA